CGUGGGUGACGCCGUUGCCAGGCGCGGGCGAGAAAGGGCGGAAGCGCGGCCGGGUCGCGGCGCCAUGGAGGGGACGCUGGAGCAGCACCUGGAGGACACCAUGAAGAGCCCGUCCGUGGUGGGCGUCCUGUGCACCGACUCGCAGGGGCUCAACCUGGGCUGCCGGGGCACGCUGUCGGAUGAGCACGCCGGGGUGAUCUCGGUGCUGGCGCAGCAGGCGGCCAGGCUGACGGCCGAUCCCACCGACACGCCCGUCGUGUGCCUGGAGUCCGACAGCGGGAAUAUCAUGAUCCAGAAGCACGACAGCAUCACCGUGGCAGUGCACAAGCUGGCAUCCUGACCCCGGGGAACCUCUGCAGCUCCACUCCCACCUCCAGCCUGGCUCCUCCUCCCUGGACAACCCCUUUCCUCUGCAGCUCCAGCACAGAAGGUGGUUGCAGUACCGUGGGCUGCAGCCUCUCCCUCUCCACUUAACAGCUCCUGUGCAGCUCUCAAGAGUCUCCAACUCACAUUUUAGCACUUGUACUGCUGAGGAUGAAACGUGGGUCACUCAGCUCCUGUACUGAUCAGACACUAUGGUGUGUGUGUGGCUUUACUUGUUGGAUAAACCAAUAAAUGACAUGCAAAACAA